AUGGCUUGCUCUAUCCCCUCAAAAGCCCCAAGCGACAUCCGCAUUCUCACGUUUAACUGCUGGGGUCUCAAAUACAUCGCGAAGUACCGCCAUGAACGCAUGUCGGAGAUUGGGCGGCAGUUGGCAAUAGCAAACCCGCCGCCGGAGAUAGUCGGACUGCAAGAAUGUUGGACACAGCAGGAUUUUGAAAGCAUUCGCGAUCAGACACGACACAUCCUGCCAUAUGGGAAAUUCUAUUACGGCGGCAUAUUUGGCGCGGGAUUGGCGAUUCUGUCAAAAUGGCCAAUCGAGGAAAGCAGCAUGUUCGGCUACCCGUUGAAUGGCCGGCCAACGGCAUUUUUCAGAGGAGAUUGGUUCGUGGGGAAAGGUGUCGCCAGCGCACGCGUUCGAUUCGGCCCCGGUACUGCUGAUGUCGCCGAGGUGUUCUGCACUCACCUACAUGCUCCGUAUGAGCGCGAACCGAAUGAUUCAUAUCUCUGCCACCGGACUGCACAGGCAUGGGAGAUCUCUAAGCUCAUGCGUGGCGCUGCAGAGCGCGGUCAUUUAGUCAUCGGCCUAGGUGACUUCAAUAUGCUUCCUUCCUCGUUCGCCCACCGCCUCAUCACCGCUCAGAGUCCCGUUCGCGAUGUAUGGCGCGAGCUGCACCCAGACUCGUCCCUCGCGGCGGCAAUUGAUCCUGUUGAAAAAGCACGGAAUCUGCCUAUUCCAACGGCCGAGUUCAAUCUUGCUGAGAAUGGAGCUACGUGCGACGGGUCGUUCAAUACCUGGCGCUGGACUGAGGACAUGCGCAAGCGCCUAGUCAAGGGUGAGGACAUUGUUAUUGACAAGGAUACCCCAGACCCGCGUGGCAAACGCCUAGAUUAUAUCUUCAUCGGCGACGGUGGUUACCCGCCUGCGUUCCCGCCGUCUAGCUGGUCAGUCGAGUCGGUUCAAAUCUCCAUGACGCAGCGUCAUCCCACUCUCCUCUGCUCGCUGAGCGACCACUUCGCCGUUGAAGCUGUCAUUACCCGUUCGUCGGUACCGACAUACCCUCCUUCCCAGUCCAUAGACUCUGCUCCAGCCUCUCCCAAUUCUCCUACCUUACAUAGAACAACUUCAAAACCCGUCUCCCCCAAUGCUGCGCUUUCCCCAGACACAUACGACCAUAUCAUUGACAUGAUUCACACAUACGUGUACCGUGAACGCUCUCAGCGCCGUUGGCGUCUGGCGCAUUUCCUAGUAUCUAUUGUGGUUUCUAUUGGUUGUAUGGUUGGGGUGUGGUGGGUUGGCAGCCGCACUUACAUCGGAUUCAUUCUCGUCCUGGUCAGCACGCUCAACUUCGGCGCUGGGAUUUUGGAUGGUUUGAUUGGUGGACUAUUCAUGUCGGGUGAGUUGCGUGCCUUGAAGGAGUUUGAGUGGGAGGUCAGAAAUGCAAGAAGCUUGGUGGUUGCCGCUGAGGCAGGCGCAGACAUUGCUUUGGGGGAAACGGAGAGAGAUCACAAGGAUGAUUGA